AUGACGUUGUUGAAGAAUGAGCCGAUGCAAGCUUCUCGUGGCGACACACAACCGUCUCGAGCACCUGAAUCAUCAAAAUCUCACUCUCAGGUACAAGAUUAUGUACUGGAAAUAAAUCAGAGAAAUAAUGGAUCGUUUGGUUAUCAGAGAAUGAAUGUGGAAGAUGAUGAUUGUUUUACGGUGCCUAAGUUUGAUGGCUUAAAUUCGUUAGCUUGGAUUCCAAAAAUGGAGAGUGAUGCGCAGACAGAGAGAUUCAAGGAUUGGGAUGAGUUUAAGCAACAACUGCUUGAUCGAUUUGGUAUUGUUGAGAGCUGCUCUACAGUAGAAGUGAAUGGGAAAGUUGAAUCAGCUUUGAUCAAUGCAACUAGUUGUGAGACAAAAAUGGUGAAGAAGUUAGCAUCGCCAACUGUGCAAGAAGUUUCUGGUGAUUGUUUUUUCCAUUGUAGUUUUUCACCAGACUUAAGGCUCAAGCAAGAUUCAUUUGCUCAUGCUGUUCAAGAACCAGAAGUAGUGCUACAGAGAGACUCAUUUCAUGAGAUUGACCAAAAGACUAUUCUGAGAGGUGAAAUUGCAGUCCUUGAGGGUGUGGAGAAGGCUGAUUCGUUUCUGGUGAACGUUUCAAGCUGUUGUCUGGUGAACGUUUCAAGCUGUUGUCUGGUGAAAGGGAAACUGACGGAUGAACUGAUUUCAUGUAAGGAAUCUGUUCAUGGGACAGGAGCUGUGCAGAAGCUGAAUUCAACAAGUAGGGAAGAAACCAAGGAGAUAUAUAUCCCAAAAGCUGCAGAGCCAAGCUCUUUUACCAAUUUGGUUUCAUCUGAAGUGAGCAGUGUGAUGUUAUAUCCGUUUAUAAAUGCAAAGGAAGAGGCAGAAAGUAUCAAGCAGUUUCAGGUGUUUCCUGAAUGA